UGGCCAGCGACGCAUCACGCCUCUAACAUCCCUCCAAUCCCCGCCCCCCGUGUGUGCGUCGUGCGUCCCGGCCGUGCGUCCUGACAGCGCGGCACGAGGAGGAGUUCCCCGCUGUCUCCGGCGCACUCUCCGCUGCCCCCGUGCGCGUCCUCUCCCCGUGUCCUGCCGCAGAAAAACGCGUUGUUUGGGGGACUACAGCGGGACUAUGGAGCCUUUAGUGGCCGCGAUCGACCAGGGCACCAGCUCCACCCGGUUCCUGGUGUUUAAUGCUCGUACUGCAGAACUGGUCAGUCACCACCAGGUGGAGAUCACACAGAGUUUCCCCAAAGAAGGGUGGGUGGAGGCCGACCCAAAGGAGAUCAUGCAGUCCGUGUACCAGGUGAUGGAGAGAACCUGCGAGAAACUCCACCAGCUCAGAGUGGACAUCUCCAGAAUCAAAGCCAUCGGAGUGACCAACCAGAGAGAGACCACCCUGGUGUGGGACAAAGAGACCGGAGAGCCCCUCUACAACGCCAUCGUGUGGUUGGACCUGCGAACUCAGUCCACGGUGGAGAGACUCAUCAGCAAAGCUCCAGGACGCAACAAGAACCAUCUGAAGCAUAAGACGGGACUUCCCAUCAGCACGUACUUCAGCGCGGUCAAACUGCGCUGGCUCCUGGACAACGUGGACGAGGUGAAGCAGGCGGUGGUCAGCGGCAGAGCCAUGUUCGGAACGGUCGACUCCUGGAUCAUCUGGUGUCUGACCGGGGGCAGAAAUGGAGGCGUUCACUGCACAGACGUGACCAACGCCAGCCGCACGAUGCUCUUCAACAUCCACUCUCUGAGCUGGGACCCCGAGCUCUGCAGGUACUUUGACGUUCCCAUGGAGAUCCUGCCCAGGGUCCGGAGCUCCUCUGAGAUCUACGGCCACAUGAGCGCUGGUCCUCUGGCUGGAGUGCCCAUCUCAGGGUGUUUGGGGGAUCAGUCUGCGGCGCUGGUGGGUCAGAUGUGCUUCAGCGAGGGACAAGCCAAAAACACGUACGGGACCGGGUGUUUUCUGCUCAGGAACACUGGAACUAAGCCGCUGAAGUCCGAGCACGGCCUCAUCACCACCGUGGCCUACAAACUGGGCAAGAACCAGCCUGCCCACUACGCUCUGGAGGGCUCUGUGGCCAUCGCAGGAGCUGUGGUUCGUUGGCUCAGGGACAACAUGGGCAUCGUGCAGUCGUCCGAUGAGAUUGAGAAGCUGGCGGCCGCUGCAGGAACCUCCUACGGCUGUUACUUUGUGCCGGCGUUUUCAGGACUCUACGCCCCCUACUGGGAGCCCAGCGCACGAGGGAUCAUCUGUGGACUCACACAGUUCACAAACAGAAAACACUUGGCCUUUGCUGCUCUGGAGGCCGUGUGCUUCCAGACCAGAGAGAUCGUGGACGCCAUGAACCUGGACACUGGGCUGGAGCUGUCUCAGCUGCAGGUGGACGGAGGCAUGACGUCCAACAGGCUCCUCAUGCAACUGCAGGCGGACAUCCUCUGCACCGCUGUGGUGAGGCCCUCGAUGCCGGAGACGACGGCUCUGGGGGCGGCGAUGGCGGCGGGUGCAGCAGAGGGGGUGGACGUGUGGAGCCUGAGCCCGGAACAGCUGCCCCUGAUCAACGUGGAGACUUACGAGCCCCAGAUCAAUAUAGAAGAGAGCGAGUACCGCUUCGCUCGGUGGAAGAAGGCCGUGCAGAAGGCCAUGAACUGGGAGACCACAGAGCCCAGCUGCCAAGACAACGGUUGUGUCCCUCCAGGUGUAGGGAAGAGGCCGAACGGCGCCCCCUGGGGAGUGUGUCCCAGCCCCCCCUCCUCCAGAGUGGACCACUGAGGUCACUGCACCUGUGUGCGAUCAGCAGGAGCCCAACGGAAGCUAGAAUGUGAAGAAGAAGACGACGACGAAUGACGAGACUUGAACCUCAACGCUGCUGCUCGAACACUCGUGAAGAACACAACCGCAAGUGCCACAACCCGCCACCAGGGGUCCUCACCGCUCAUGGAUUUGAAUACGGACACUCGCUACGUUUACAUGCACGUCUACAGAGCCAAAGUCCGGCCUUACUCUGAGAAGGUCUUUUUAAAAACCUCGUAUAAUCCCGAGGCGACGGUACGAAAGAUCUGAGCGACAAACUUAAAAGUGCAAAAACGUUUCUGGGUCCGUCAAACGCUUUUCUCCGUGGAGAUGUCGUCGCUUUAUCGUCUGGAAUGUUUCGCAGUACGACAUUGAACAUUUCUAUCUUCACGGAGACCAAAACAAACCACGUUAAAGAUCAGAUCUGUGGAGAGACGCCUGUUUUUCAUGGUAUUUUUGAGCUAUAAAUCCACCUGUAACACAUGCAUCGCAAAUUUCGGAUUUCCGGUCAUCGCGCAAUGCAUACUGGGAAAGAUCUUUUCUAGUCUUUUGAACCAUAUCACUUUUGUUUCUGGUUCUGAUAUUGUCAUAUUUUAGUUUUGGGAUUCGGACAUCGUCAUUGUGUGGUUGUUGGAUCUUAAAGGGCCGUUCACACCGAAGCGUCAAAAAACGCCUUGACGCCUCUAUUUGGACGCCUUUGCAUUUGAGUUUAGACGCCCCAGACGCGCGUUUUUGACACCGUGGACGAACGGGAGAAAAAUACUUGAUGCACGUCCGUUGCCCUGGAAACAAGAGGCCGGUCUCUCUCUUUUCCUGAAACAAUGUCAGACCAGACUGAGAGAGACUUUAGUGUUUUUAUAACGUAAAACCAUCAGUGGAGAUCGGGUCGACGACUGUGGCGUAUUUAUAUUUAUACUCCGCUAAUGACACUGGAUCAGUCCUGGUUUAGUUCCGGUCUAGUCCUGGUUUAGUCUCGGUCUACUCCCGGUCUAGUCCUGGUUUAGUUCUGGUGUAGUCCUCGCGAUCGUCUCGGUGAUUGUGGUGUAUAUAUUUAUUCUCCGCUCAUGUUUGUGUCUCUCACUCUGGUUCUCUGGUUUUUCUUCCUGAUAAUAACGUCGCUGCGUCACUGGAUACUCGUCCCUGAUUGGUUGACGCGGCGCAUCUGACGCAAAAUGUUCAGCAUUUUCAACUUCUGACGCUGACGCUCAAGACGCAAAAACGCAGGAUGCCCUAGUCGCGCGUCUACAUAGACUUUACACAGAAACUGGACGGUUGACGCUCUGGUGUGAACGGCCUUUAACAGCAGAAAACGGCUCGAGAAACGGGCUUUGGAAGUUUGCGAACUCCAUAAAUGCAAAAG